AUGGACGACAACGAACGAUGCCGACCAGCGGAGAUGGCAAAUGACGACGAGCGGGAGACCAAGCGCAUUCGCCUCGACAAAGCAGCCAUACCGACGCCGACCAAGAUAUUAGACAGCAAGGGCGACUUGUACCUUGUUGUUGGCAGCGACAUCCGUGCCGGCGACCCGUCAACCUUUCUCGUCUGCUCCAAAGCCCUCGCACGCGCGUCGCCAGUUUUUGACAAGAUGCUCUUCGGUCCCUUUGCCGAGUCCCGUCCAUCCACCGAGUCGUCGAAGCAAGAUUCAGUCUGGAUCGUACACCUUCCCGGAGACGAACCGGCCCAUUUUGAGGUGGUGUUGAACAUUCUGCACUGCAAUGCAAUUUCAAGAAGGUCGCACAACGCCUCUCCAUUCCCCUCCUCUCAGGCUUGGUCGCCAUUGCGGAUAAACCUCGAGCCAGAGGACAUCUACGAAGCGAAAUUGACCCUUCAUAUUGCAUUGCAUUUCGGGUGCAUUCCUACCUUCGAGUACGCGCUGUGGUCCAUCACUAGCCGAUCUUCUAUCUCCAAAGAUGGUCGACUUUCCAUCGUCCCAGAACCUUUCAUGAACUUCAAUGCGCGUGGAGAGGAGAUUGCCGCGAUGCCACAGGACCUUGACAAGUAUCUGGGCGACCUGAUUCCUAUGGAAAUCGUUGAUCAAAUUAAGGACCAUCGCGCCAAAUCCGUCCUUGGGAUGAUGGAGCCUUUCGUUACCCUGCAUGACGACCUCGCAAAUGGCCACCGCCGCUGUUCCAUACCCGGUGAUCAAGACGAGUGCGACAGCAUGCUACUUGGUAGCCUGAUCAGGAGCUUCCGCCGUACAACGCUGGGACAGCCUUCGAAAGACGCAGUCCAGCAAUAUCGCGGCAGCGUUUUGGACCUCGAGGGAAAGCUUGAAGAAUUCGACCUUAUGACAUUACGUAGUCAUGACCAUCUCUCGGAGUGUCACAAGGAUCUUCAGGAGAGACGAAUGAUGAUAGAAAAGUAUGCAAGUGGAUCUGCCGUUGUCCUCCAUCCUCAGCAGAAGAAGCACUUGGAGCGGCAGACAGUCAAGACGGGAUUGGAAUGA